AUUCAAAAAUUUGCACUCACUGUUAGCUGCAUAUAUAUAACUCCUAUACAUAAACAAGUAGUAAAGUAGUUUUGUUGAGGAAAUGUUCUGUAUUUGAAAGAAUUUGGUUGCAUAUUGUUAGAAAGUUUUUGACGUUUUUUUAUCAAGUUGAAGAAAAGAGUGUAGUAAUGGGUAUUACUUCUUUGCAAGUGUGCAUGGAUUCAUCAAACUGGCUACAGGACACAAUUAACGAGGAAACAGAAUUCGAUUCUUCUUCUUCCCCAUCAGGUGGUGACAUAUUCACAUGUGCAAGGCCAUUAAUAGAAAGAAAACUAAGACCCCAACAUGACCAACCACUCAAAUGCCCUCGUUGUGACUCAACACAUACAAAAUUCUGUUACUACAACAAUUACAGCCUUUCUCAACCAAGGUAUUUCUGUAAAUCUUGCAGAAGGUACUGGACUAAAGGGGGAACUCUAAGGAAUAUACCUGUUGGUGGUGGAUGUAGGAAGAACAAGAAAGUCUCUUCAAAGAAAUUGUCUAAUGACAACAACAUUACCCCUCAUAAUGUUGUAGUAUCAUCUAAUUCAUCUCCUAUUUCUAACUACCCUGAUAUGGCAUUAUCCCACUUUGGUAAUUUUAUGGGAAUUAAUACUAGUAAUAAUAAUAAUAAUAUUAAUCAUAAUUUCAUGCUUGAAAAUCAUCAUCAUCACGUACCUAUUGAUUUUAUGGAGAGCAAGUAUGAAGCUUUGGUGGGGACUAUUACUAGUUCAAGAAAUCAAGAUUUUCUUGGGAAUGUCGAUGUUACUGCCGGCAUGAUCAACGGUUAUGGUGAGAUGGAUAAUUCCGGAAUUGUUGGACCAAAUUUUCAUGGUGGGUUUUGCUCUACAUUUGGGUUGCCUAUGGAUGGGAACCUAAACUAUGAGGGACAAAAUAUAACAAUGGAUGUGAAGCCAAAUCCCAAGAUUUUGUCACUUGAAUGGCUUGAUCAAGGCUGCUCUAAUGCUGGUAAUAUUAAAGAAUCUUUUGGCUACUUGAAUGGAGGACUAGGAUCUUGGACUGGAUUGAUGAACAAUGGUUAUGGAUCAUCUGCGACGCACCCGUUAGUUUGAAUUAAAUCAGCAAGACUUAGAGUCUAGUGUUAUCGAUGGAUAGGUUAAGUUACUUAAUUUCACUUUAGUAACCACUUAAUUUCAAUUUGUGUUGUUCUAAUCUCAUGUUGUUGUAAUCAUGAGUGGUUGAGAUUAUGAUCUCAUCAGGUUAAUUCAAACCUAAAUUCCUCUGAUGGAAAGGUUUACUAGUGAUUUUGUACUCAACAUUUCUUUUUGUGAAGGAUUUUUUUGCUAGUUUAUUUAAA